AUGUCGGGAAUUUCUAGGGUUUUCGGAGGAUUCAGGACACUGAUGGCGAAGGCGGCGACUGCUACUCCGGCGGCGACUGCUACUCCGGCAGCGACUGCUACUCCAGCAGCUACCGGCGCCGGAUCUGGGAAAGGGAUACUUAAGGUUGUUCCGGUCAAGAAGCCGUUGGCUGAAUUCGCCGGAGAAAGCGAACUCUCUCGUGCCUCUGCCGUGAAGAAAGUGUGGGAGUAUAUCAAGAGCCAAAACCUCCAGAAUCCGGCGAACAGGAAGGAGAUACUGUGCGAUGAUAAGCUGAAGACGAUAAUGGAUGGCAAAGACAAAGUGGGAUUCACAGAGAUCACGAAGCUCUUGUCCGCUCAUUUUCCUAAGUCGGUCUGA